AUGAACCUCUCCUUCAAUGUCCCUCUGGUGACUGUAUCCAACGUUCCGUACUUGGUGACAGAAGUGCUGACGGCGGUCAUCUCAGUGGUGGGCAACUCUCUGAUCUGUUUGGCGGUUAUAACUGACCGCAGGCUCCGCACGGUCACCAACAACUUCCUGCUGUCUCUAGCUACGGCGGACAUACUUGUGGGCGCCGUGGCCAUCCCCUGUGCCAUCAUGCUUGACCUGGGCAUAGUACGAUGCAGUCUCUACUCCUGCUUAUUUAUGCUCUGCAACCUCAUGACGUUUUCUUUGGCGUCCAUUUUUGGACUUUUAGCGAUAGCGGUGGAGCGCUACGUCUCCAUAUUGUGUCCCUUCCAUUACCGCGCUCUGGUCACACCACGAGCUUCCGUAAUAGUGAUAAUCUGCACUUGGAUGCUGGCGGCACUUGCUGGCCUGAUGCCGCUCAUGGGUUGGCGCAGGCCAUUCCCUCCUGAAAGUAAGUGUCUCUUCAGCAGCCUCAUCUCGGAGUCUUACAUGGUCUACCUGAUAUUUUUUGGCUGUGUCAUCCCCCCGCUGGUUGCCAUGCUCGUGCUCUAUGCUCGUAUAUUCCUGGAAAUUCGAAGGCAGAUCCGACAGAUUGCAGAAUGGGCGGUGGACGUGAGCCGGAGGAGGAGGAGGCGACGUGUGGUCGUCAGGGAGUUCCGAAUGGCCACGUCGUUGUUCCUCGUGGUCUUCUGCUUCGUGGUUUGCUGGUUCCCCAUUCAUAUCCUUAAUGUGGUACGACUCUUCUGCCCCCAAUGUGUGGUGACCCCAGACCUGGUGCUCUCCGCUGUCAUCCUCUCUCAUGCCAAUUCUGCCCUAAAUCCCAUUAUUUAUGUUUUUCGAAUGAGGACCUUCAGGCGAGCGAUAGAGACCACCUUGUCCUGCUCCUGCGGCACCAGUGCAGUAGGAAGCGUUACUGCAACCAGUCUGGCGAAAGCUGCCCAUGAACAGAGAGAAGACGGACACUACAGGGAUAUGCCUCUGCCUGGCACCUAG